UACUCCACCGCUUCUCUUUCAGUCUUGGGGAAUUUUAAAAGAGCUGCUGGGCUCCAUGUAGGGCGUGCUAUGACAGCGUCUUUACUCCUCCACUCCCGCUGGAUUGACCCGGUGAUGUUUCUCUAUGACAACGGCUUGGAGGAUAUGAGCAAAAACAUGGAAGGAUUUGUGGGAGGCAAUUUCGCUGCUAACCAGUGCAGGAACCUUAUUGCGCACCCGUCUUCUCUGGCCCCGAGCACAACCUACACGUCGAGUGAGGUGCCAGGAUCAGGCAUGGGGGAGCCUGGCAGACAAUGCAGUCCGUGUUCAGCCGUGCAUACCUCUCCCAGUGCUUCUUUGCCCUAUGGAUAUUUUGGCGGCAGUUACUACCAGUGCAGGAUGCCAAAGACCUGCACACAGCCCAGCUCCUAUGGGGAAAAAUACAUGGACACGUCUGUUUCUGGAGAGGACUUCCCUUCUCGUGCUAAGGAGUUUGCCUUCUACCAGGGUUACUCGUCUGGCCCUUACCAGCCUGUACCGAGUUACCUCGAUGUGCCGGUCGUCCCUGCGGAACCCAGACACGAGUCUCUUCUGCCCGUUGAAACGUACCAGCCCUGGGCGAUCACGAACGGAUGGAGCAGUCCGGUGUACUGCCCGAAAGAUCAAACGCAGUCAAACAGCUUAUGGAAGUCGUCUAUUCAAGAUACUGUGUCGGGCGGCGAUGGAGCCUCGGCCCGUCGAGGGAGGAAGAAGCGGGUUCCUUACACCAAGGUUCAACUGAAGGAUUUAGAACGAGAAUAUGCCACGAAUAAAUUCAUUACUAAGGACAAACGAAGAAGGAUAUCUGCUCACACAAACCUGACCGAGCGACAGGUGACCAUCUGGUUUCAGAACAGACGGGUGAAGGAGAAGAAAGUGGUCAACAAGUACAAGGGCAUCAGUUAAGGUCUGAAAGAAUGAAAAACUGAGAUACCACAGGGGUGUAAAUGGAAGGACGUUCGACAUUAUUUAUUCUGAAAUCCAUUCCAUCAUCCGUUCCACGUCAAGAAACUAUGCGGAGAUGCGCAGGAGGGAAAUGUUUUACUUCCCUGUGUCUUUUACCAAGACACUGACACUGAUAAAAGGCAAAGAUACUGCUCACAUAUUCACCACUUCAUGUUUUUAUUCUUUUUAAUCCAUAACAUAUUUGACAAAGACGUGGGAGGAAUGCAAAUUGAUUUUGUUGAAGUAGUCUAAACAGACAAAACCAUGGCAAUUCGUGAUUUGUUUUAUUUUUUUACACAUCAAAAAACAACUGUAUCUUUUUAGACUGUGGAUUUACAUGCUAUGCUGAUUGUACUACACUAAAUUCAUCCCAAGCCGUGACAGAUUUCUGUUUUGGGCUUUUCUUUUCUUUUUACCCCAUACGCACAUUUGUAAAUAGUCGCUUCCACGCACCUGCGAAAUAUACAAAUUCAUUCAUGUGUUACUGCAGACAGAAUGCAAAUAAAACUUCCCAUAUUAAGUGAUGUAUUCCCAUUUUUUAAAAUAUUUGUUAAUAUAACGAAUGCCAACAUUAUCCUUAAAUAUUUAACAUGAAUGCAUAACCUAGGCUAAACAAUAGGCUACACAUAAAAUAGAACGAUAUCAGCUGUUAAUAAGAAUGGGUGAAUAAUGGCUGUGAUGUUGUGUUUGGCCAAAUCACUGAAGAGAAGUGUCCAAGAACCCUUUUCCU